AUGGAAAACGAACAAUUCUAUCGAGGUCGAUUUGAUGAUGUAGGAGAUCGUAAAUUAAAUUCAGUACGUAUAUUUGUUAGUUCAACAUUUUCUGAUACAACUGAUGAACGCAAUGGACUUAUUGAACGUGUAUAUCCUCGAUUACGCAAGUAUUGUCGCACUAAAUACAAUAUUCAAUUUCAUUAUUCAGAUAUGCGUUGGGGUAUUCCAUCAACAGCAUUAAGUUCUCAUUCAACUGUUGAUAUGUGUCUUCAAGAACUUGAUAGUUGUUGUCGAUUAUCAAUGGCAACUAAUUGUGUAAUUCUCUUAAGUCAUCGAUAUGGUAGUCGUCUUGUUCCAACAUGUAUAUCCUUGCGUAUAUUUCAAUUAUUCGAAGAUUGUCUAUCAGUAGAUAUUGAAGAAAAAAAAAUUCUAUUAGAAAUGUAUCAAUUAGAUGAAAAUUAUCUUGAAAAAAAAUAUUUUCUUCAACCAAUAGAUGAUAAUCAACAAUGGACAUUAUUAGAAAAUAAAUUACAAUUAAUUUUACGAAAAGCAGCUAAUAUUUGUUAUAAACAAGGAAAAAUAACUAAAGAUGAACGAAAUGAAUUUUUUAUAUCAGUUACAGCAAAAGAAAUUUAUCGUGCAUUAAAAAAUAAUAUAAAUAAAUCUCGACGAAUAAUUUGUUUUUUUCGAGAAAUAAUUGAUAUAGAAGAACUUGAUUCAAAAUAUCGUGAAAUAGAAAAUGCAGAUGAAACAAAAAAAUUAUUAGAAAAAAUUAAAAAUUUACUUCAUCAAUCAAUUGAUUCAUCAGAUAUUUAUACAUAUCGAAUUCGAUGGAAUGAUGAAAACAAUCGAAUAAAAUAUUUUUCGCAAGUUUUCGAAGAUUUUUAUCAUGCAAUUAAAUCACAAAUUGAUUUUCAUUUGAUAAAAUAUGAAAAACAACAAAAGAAUUUUUUAUAUAAUCAAAUAUUAGAACAUGCUAUUCAAUGUAAUUUAUUAACACAACGAUAUUUUCCUCGACAAGAUAUUCUUGAACAAAUUAAAAAUUACAUAAUGUCAACAAGCAAUUGUCCUUGCAUUUUACUUGGAGAAUCAGGAACUGGAAAAUCAUCAAUUAUGGCUAAACUUGUUAGCGAAAUUCCAACUUACUAUACACAAACGAAUUCUUUAUCUGUUAUAAUACGUUUUUUGGGUGUAACUCCAUCUUCAAGUGAUAUUCGUCGUCCAUUAAUAUCAAUUAUUGAACAGAUUUCUACUAUUUAUCAUUUGAAUAAACCAACAAAUUUUGAUAAUGUAAAAGAAAAUCUUGAAAAUAUUUUAAUGUAUAUUCCAAAAAAUGAACAUCUUAUUCUUCUUUUUGAUGCAAUUGAUCAACUUCAAUUAACUGAUUUAGAAAAUUUAUCAAUAUGGUUACCAACAAAAUUUUCAUCGGCUAAUAUUAAAUGUAUAAUUUCAACUAUUUCAGAAAUAGAAAUUGAAAGAAAAUCAAUUGAUAUACGUCAACAAUUAAGAACUAUUUAUAAAAAUGAAAUAAUAGAAAUUGAAAUAAAUAACUUAAAUGAAAAUCUUGCUGAACAAGUUUUAAAUUAUUGGCUUGAACAAGAUCGACGUUGUUUAACAUCUAUACAACAUGAAUGGCUGAAAAAAAAAUUUCGUAUACAACAUUAUCUAACACCACUUUUUCUUUCACUUCUAUAUGAUCAAACAUUAACAUGGCAUUCAUUUAAUCAAAUGCCUGAUCAAGUAUUUUUAGCUAUAAGAAAUACACGUGAUGCUAUUGAAUAUUUAUAUAAUCAAUUAGGACUGAAACAUGGCGAAAUUUUAUUUCGACGUUCAAUGCAAUAUCUUCAAUUAUCAGGUGGAUUAAGUGAACUCGAAAUAGAAGAUAUUCUUUCAUUGGAUGAUGAAGUUUUACAAUCAGUUUUUGUUCAUUAUUUACCACCAUUUAAAUUAUUUCGAUUACCAUCUACUUUAUGGAUUCGUAUUAGAAAUGAUAUGCAUAAAUAUUUAAUUGAAAAAGAUAUCGACAAUAUUCCUUGUAUUUAUUUUUAUCAUCGUAGUUUUCAAUAUUAUCAAUCAAUGAAUAUCAAACAAAUAAUGUUCGAUAAGCAAGAAGAGAAAAUCAUGGAAAAAAUUCGUCUAGAAUAUUUUGCUAAUCAAUAUAAAACAAUAUUUGAUAUGAGUUAUUCACCGAAAUUAGUAAAUAAAUAUAAAUUAUCAACAAUGAUAAUAUCUGUCAAUCGUUGUUUAACUGAACAAAAACCUUUAAAACAAAAGAAAUUAAAUCAAUAUAAUCUUCGUCGUUUACAUCAAUUAUAUAUCAAUAUAAAUCGUUAUGAUUUUGCUCAUCAAUGGACUAUAUUUAAUUAUGAUUUUUUAACAGCAUAUCUUCUUUGUGAUGAAUAUAAAAUGUCUGAUUUACUAUAUGAAUUUUCAAUUGGAGCUCAUGAUCCAAAUGGUGAAUUACGAUAUCUGUUAAAACAAUUUGAAACAUCAUCAUUAAUACUUGAUCAAUAUUCAAAUAAUUUAUCAUUUGAAUUAAUUUAUCGUUUAUUUCCAUUUCUAAAUCAAUUACCUAUAUUAACAUAUAAUUUACUUGAACAAUGUAUAAAUCAUUGUCCACUUCAAUUAAUAACAAAUGAAGAACGACAACAAUGUUUAGCAAAAUGUUCAUUAUCAAAUAUUAUUUCUUUAAAAAUUGCUACAAGUUAUUUAUUUAUUUUAACUAUUAAUAAAUUAUAUGUAUUUUGUUAUAAUUAUUAUGGUCUAUUGAGAACAAAUUAUUUUGAUAUAUUAAAUAAAAAAACUGAAAUCAAUGAAAAAUUAAUUUCAUUUUUAUGUAAAUAUCCAUAUGUAUGUUGUCUUACAUCAAAUUCAUCAAUGAUAAUAGUGAAUUGUCAAACAAAAGAAAUAUCUAUGGAAAUUUCAUGUAAAAAAUUAAUUUCAUUUAUUAAUAAUGAAAUAAUUCUUAUUAUUUCAUCAUUAAAUAAUUCAUUAGAAUUAUGGAAUUGUUUAAAUAAUAUUCUCAUAUCAAAAUAUAAUUUUCAUGAUAAUAUUAUUGAAGAUUGUACUUUUCAAAAUUUAAUUAUUAAAGUAACUUUAAAAGAAAAUUCAAUAAUUUCAUAUUUUAUAUUAGAUAAAGAUUUUCAAUUUAAUUCAAUUCGAAUUACUAAUGAAAAUAUUAAUAAUUAUAAUCAUCAUAUACUUAUUGAUAUUCAUAAUGAAUUUUAUUAUUCAUUUAAUUGUUCACAAACUUCAUUAAUUAUUUAUGAUAAAGAUAAUAAUAAUAAUUCAAAAAAAAUUAUUAAUAAUAUUGAUUUUAUUUCUUCACCUAUAUCUGUUAUUUAUCUUUCACAAAGUAAAUCAAUUGCAUGGUUAACAUCAACAUCUCUUAUGAUAUUUCAUCCAUUAUAUGAAGAAAAUAUUUUUAAACCAUUUCAAAUUCAAUCAUCAAUUGAAUAUGAUGUAGUACAUGAUUAUUAUUCGGCAUUAGAAUUUGAAAAUCAAACUAAUUUUUUAGCUUGUAUUAAUAAAAUAAAGAAUAUUCUUGAUAUUUAUGAAUGGCGUUAUGACAAAGAACAACAAAAUCAUAUUUAUCGACAAUUAACUCAUCUUCAACUUGAUAUAUCUAUCGAUCAAUGUGUAUUUAUAGCAAAUUGGUUCGAUGGUAUUACUAUCUAUUGUUCAGAUAGUAAUAAUAUUUAUAAAUAUAAUGCAACAAUGUUAACUUAUUUGGAUUCAUCAAAAUCUUUCGUUCCAUCUCAACCAAUUGGUCAAAUACUAAGUAUACAUUCAGAUCAAUUCUUAACAAUUAAAGAUGAUGAUAAUUCAUUAAAAAUCUAUACACUAAAUGAUAAUAAUAUUCUUGAUUUAAAACUUUCAAUUCAUUCAAUAAUUGAUUAUUAUUUUACAAAAACAUCAUCUCAUAUUUUAUUUGUUGAUGAAAAAAAUAUUUUAUCAAUAUAUUGUUUAAAUUCAUCAAAAUUAUUAUGGACAACAAAUACAUUUGAACAUAAAAAACUUCAAAUUCAUUCAUUUCAAUCAUCAUUUAUUCUUAUUUGUUUACAAACAAAACAAAUUUUUCAAAUAGAUAUUAAUUCAUUGAAUUUAAAAAAUCUUAUUCAAUUACCUAUUGAUUGUUAUUUAAGUAUAAUUACAUCUAAUAAUCGUUUGUAUAUUAUUUCAAAUGAUUCAAAAACUUUGAUCGAAUU